UUUUGAUGGAUCACGAAACCCCGCUGUAGGGGUGUGGUUAUAGGGCUGUGGUGGACAAGUGGGGGGUUCCAUCCGGCCCGCUGUGGGAGACGCAGACCCCGCCCAAUGCUACCCCGCUAUGACAGCCUUCUCCAAAAAUCAUCCUCCGGCUCCGAUCCGAUUCCUGGCCUCCGGAAGACAUCCAACAUCGGCAAACCUUGACGGCAUCGUUAGAUCAAACUUGCAAGAUGGAGUUUGAACCCAAGAUCCCUACGUCCUCUACGGGCGACAAGACGUCCUUUGCCUACGAGACCGCCAGGAAGCGGUGGCCCAUCAUCAUCACCCAAGCGAUUGACGAUGUCUACCGUACCACCGGCCAAACCGACGAUGCCGCGAAGCGCGAGGAGGGCAAAAAGCUCAUCAACGACCUUGCUACGCUCAAAUACGAAGUUCAACACGAUCGCGCCUUGACGCCUAUUCCCGACGAUGGUGUUUCCGACGUGGCCACCUACAAUCAAAUCCUCGAGUCCCUCGGCAAGCCCACCUGGCUGAACGUCUCCUGGCUGUUCAGCGAGUGCUACCUCUACCGCCGCAUAAGCACCUCCUUCGCCCUCUCCACCCACUGGAAGAACUACGACAUCUUCGCCCGCCAAAAGAUCAAGACCUUCCGCUCCUCCCGCCCCGCCGUCCUCGAGCUCGCCGCCCGCUACAAGGACCUGAUCACCCAGCUCCGCUCCCACUCUUCUGCCUCCGAGGGUACAUCUGAAGAAGCCGAGAAGCUCCUGUUCACAGAAAUGUGCGAAAUCUGCCUCUGGGGUAACGCCACCGACCUCUCGCUCCUGACCUCCCUCUCCUACGAAGACAUCCAGAAGCUGCAAGGGUCUGAGGCGCGCAAGAAGUCUGAGGCCAACAUUCUUGUGAAUGAUCUUGAGGAGGUGUAUAAGCAGUUGAUGGAGGCGAAGAAGGCGGGAAAGAAGGAGAGGGUGGUGGAUAUCGUUCUCGACAACGCCGGUUUCGAGUUGUAUGUUGACUUGAUUCUUGCUGGAUACUUGUUGACGGCGGGACUGGCGACGAGGGUUACCCUCCAUGCGAAGUCGAUCCCUUGGUUCGUGUCGGACGUCUUGCCGGGGGAUUUCGGUGCUUUGCUCAACGCGUUGGCGGCACCGGUGCCGUUCUUCGAGACAGCCACCGAGGAGGAAGAACUGCAGGGCAAGGUCCCCGAGAAACUCAGCGACAAGGAAAAGGAGGAACUGUCGUUCUUGUUCCAAGAAUGGUCCAUCCUCCACGCCGAAGGCAAGCUCGGCCUCCGCGCCAACCGCUUCUGGACCGGUCCCGGCUCGUUCUGGCGACUCGUCGAUCCCAACGCCGACGAGCAGACCAAGGAGCUGGCGGAGGAUUUGCGCAAGAGCGAACUGGUCGUGUUCAAGGGCGAUCUAAACUAUCGCAAGCUGGUUGGUGAUGGCGAAUGGGAUCCUACCACGCCGUUUACACAGGCUAUUGGACCGUUGGGGCCUGGGUCGGGGAUCAAUAUUCUGGCGUUGAGGACGUGCAAGGCGGAUGUUGUUGUUGGACUGAGAAAGGGGUUGGAUGAGGAGUUGAGGGCGAAGGAGGGCGGCGGUGGAGAGAGCGGCGCGAGAAAGUGGGCGUGGAACGGGAAGUAUGCCGUGGUGUCGUUUUCGAAGGGGGCUUGAGUGGGCGAAGUGGGAUAAGGUUUUUGAGCGUUGGUUGUGUUGUUCGUCUUUUUCUUCGUCUCUUGCUUCCUCGUUUGGUUGAUUGCUUAUACAAUAUAGAUCUGCUUCAAAGAGUGUUAAUAGAUGGUUUUUGGAU